AUGGCUUCGAGUACCUCGCCCUCCCAACCGAACGGGAGUAGCACCACCACAACUCGACCCAAUCCCGGCGUCCGCCAGACCACCGCACCCAGCAUCAUCAUGAACGGCCACUUCGGCGGCACCGGCGACAGCGUCGACGACCGCGACUUCGAGCAUGGCGUCCAGAUCAUCGAUGAGGACAAGACCUUUAACCCGAACCUCUCCAAAUACCUCCAGGUCCAGGAGAUCAUCCGCGCGGGAUUCAACUACCACCUUAUUUCUGUCUUUGGAUCACAGAGUACGGGAAAGAGCACAUUGCUCAACUACUUGUUCGGGACGCAGUUCGGUGUUAUGAGUGAGCAGGAGCGACGGCAGACGACCAAGGGAAUAUGGAUGAGCAAGAACAAGAACGAGGGGAGUAAGAUGGCGGAGAAUAUCUUGGUUAUGGAUGUGGAGGGUACGGAUGGUAGGGAACGAGGAGAAGACCAGGACUUCGAGAGGAAGAGUGCACUCUUCGCGCUGGCCACGAGUGAGGUGCUCAUUGUGAAUAUCUGGGAGCACCAGGUGGGGUUGUAUCAGGGAGCCAACAUGGGGCUGUUGAAGACAGUAUUCGAGGUGAAUUUGCAGCUAUUCUUGAAGGACUCGAAGAGCGUAGCGAGAACGCUGCUGUUCUUUGUCAUCAGAGAUCACCUAGGGACGACACCACUGGAGAACCUGAAGAACACCUUGGUGCAGGACUUGUCAAGGAUCUGGGCGAGUUUGAGCAAGCCACCAGGGUUGGAGAAGAGCAAGAUUGAGGAUUACUUUGAUUUUGCGUUUGUGGCGCUGCCGCAUAAGAUCUUACAGCCAGAGAAGUUUGAGCAGGAGGUUGCGAGGCUUGGGACGAGGUUCAGGGAAGGAUACAAAGAUCCUAAGAGGAUUGGGUUGGAGGAUGGAUCCGAGGCGAUUCUUCUACCUGAGUACCAUCGUCGCAUACCUGCUGAUGGCUUCCCAAUGUAUGCGGCUGGUGUGUGGGAGCAGAUCGACAGCAACAAGGACCUGGACCUACCGACACAGCAAGAGCUGCUAGCACAAUUCCGAUGCGAUGAGAUCUCGAAGGAGGUGCUGGUACUAUUCGAUGAGGUGAUCGCACCUCUGGAAGAGCGACAAGGAAAUGCGAUCACAUCUGGCAAGCCGCUUGUCAUUGUAGAGCUGGGCAAAGCGAUGGUGAGUGCACGGAAAACAGCCUUGGUCAGCUUCGAAGAGGAGGCAAGCAGAUACCACAAGGGUGUGUUCAAGACAAAGCAAGCCGAGCUGGCAGCGAAAAUCGACGGCAGGCUAAAGACAUUGUUCCUCGGACAGCUGAGUGCUGCACAUAAGAGUGGUGUCAACGAAUUCUCGGAGGCCGUCAGCAGUCAGGUGAAGGCAGGGCAGAAGAAGGGCUCGAACUACGAUUUCCACCAGAUUGUACAGACUGAGAAGAAGCAUGCGCUCGAAAAGUACGAAUCAGAAGCGAUGGCAUCGUUGGUUGCAGGAACACCUUGGAGCGACUACAAGCAGCAGCUGAACCUUUACAAGAAGGACCUCGACGAGGUCAGCGCUCGUCUGCGACAGGACGAGAUGCGACGAUUGGCGACGAGAAGCGAAAGAUGGGUGCGCAGCAAACUCGGCGAGAGUGUUGGCGUGGAAUUCAACAAGCUUGGAUCUGGUAGAGGCGGGUCUGGGGCGCCAGCAGAGGGCGAAAAGCCCAAGACCGAGAAGGACCUUUGGGAUCGUAUCUGGAAUGUCUUCACCGACACUGUGUCACACGCAGAGACUCGCUUCACUGAACGAGCGCGCAGCUUCGAUGCUAGCCCAGAUGAGGUCGAGGUUGGUCUCUGGCGGCUGCGGCGGAAGUCGUGGGGUGCUCUGCGAGACAAGAUCGAUGAGGAGGUCAUGGAGGGCAACCUCUUGCUCAAGCUCCGCGAGAACUUCGAAGACAAGUUCCGAUACGAUGAGGAAGGCGUGCCGAGGAUAUGGAGACCGAGUGACGAUAUCGAGGGACUAUACACUCGCGCACGACAAAGUACACUGACGCUUAUCCCGCUACUGUCGAAAUUCAGGCUAUCGACAACUUCAGCGUCUCCACCACUCGACGCCUGGAUCGGAGAGCCACCAAGUACAGUCACAAGCGCCGAUGAGGAAGAUCUGACACCUAUCGGCGGUAUCGAUGAAGAUGAAGGCAAGACGCUCGACGAGGAGACAACGAUGAUCACUGAUGCGAGACAACAAGACCUUGAGACAAGGUUCAAGAAGACUGCAGAUGGAGUCUAUGUCGAGGCCAAGCGCAGCGCAAUCGGUGGCAUGACACAAGUGCCGCUGUACUUUUAUGGCUUGCUCUUGGCGCUUGGUUGGAACGAGAUCGUUGCAGUCCUCCGAAACCCAAUCUACUUCAUCUUCCUCAUCCUCCUCGGCGCGGGCGCCUACGUCACCUACACCCUCAACCUCUGGGGCCCCAUGCUCCGCAUGACGAACGCAGCCAGCACACAAGGUCUUGAAAUCUUCAAGGAAAAGCUGCGCGAGUUCCUCGAGUCUUCUGAAACUGGACGGCAAGCUAUUGGCAUGAGCCAGAAGCAUGGUAUUGCUUUGGAUACGCUGAACAGUAAUGGCACGACGAGAGCGAAAGCCAAGGGUGCUGAGGAUGAAGAGGUUGAUGAAAUAUGA